ACAAACACUUUUUAUCUUGUUGUAUAAAUUUUGUGCAUUAUAUAUUUUACAAUUACAGCUUUAAUGUAGACGUUUGAUACUACUUUAUUUCACUUCACCUGUUAGGGAUUAUUAAUCCUCUUUUAAUCUUUUCGACGCAUUAAGCUAUAUGCUAAUUGUCUGUAACAGAUCUACCGUAGACAGUAGUCUGUUACAUGUAUUACUUUCAAGAAAAUUGUGUAUAGUGCAGGUUUACAAUCAUUUUAGUUAUGAAGUUCAGCAUUAAAUCUACAACUUCCUACAAUAGUAUCCACCCUACUUACCACUAUAAUGAACAAUUUGCUAACAACAUUGAAACGUACCAGGAAGGUACAAAAUGGUUUGGUAUACUUUUAGCUUUCCUAUCUGGUACAUUUUUUACAAUCAGCUCUGCUUUAGUAAAAGCAAUCCGUAAUGUUGAUCCGAUGAUAUUGCUAAUUAUUAGAGCAGUUCUGCAAAUAUUAGUAAUGGUUAUUAUUGCGAUUAAAACAACUAAGAAUAUAAUAGGACCUAAAAAUCAACAAAUGCUUAUACACCUUCAGGGUUUUGUAGGUGGAAUGACAUUAUCAUUAUUAUACUACAGCUUUAGAAAAUUACCUUUGGGUGAUGCUACAACAAUUAUAUUUAGUUCUCCAAUUAUUGUUAUUGUACUUUCCUUCCUAUUCCUAAAAGAACCAUGUGGUUUGUUGCGCAUAAUAGUUGCUUGUAUGCUUUUUACGGGUGUUAUACUUGUAGCUAGGCCUCCAUUAUUAUUUCAGACACAUAAAGCAGAACCAUAUGAUGUUAUAGGGUAUGUAUAUGCACUGACAGCAGCUCUAUUUACAGCCUUAAAUAUUGUGAUAAUGAGAAAAUGUCAAGAAAUACACUAUUCCAUAAUUGUUCUAAAUUUAUCUACAUGGUCACUCAUAGCAGCAACAUUUUUCUUCUUCAUUAUUCCUGGAAAUAAUGAACACAAGUUGAUUUUACCAAAUGACUGGUUUACGUGGGGUAAAAUACUUUCUUUAUCAAUAACUGGACUUUGCGGGCAAGCUCUUGUAACGAAAGCUUUAAAAAUUGAAGGAGCAGGGAAAGUAUCGAUUACUAGAUCAUUAGAUAUUAUUCUAGCAUAUAUUGUACAAAUAUAUGUUUUUGGAGAAGAACCAUCAUCAACAAGUGUCAUCGGAGCAAUAUUAAUUAUCUUUUCUGUCUUGUGUAUGGGAUUUGAAAAAGAAAUUUAUAAUAUUUGUGACUUUAUUCCCUAA